UUUUAUUUUGAAUACGCCAGCGACUCUACUUCCUGUGGACGCACUACUGUAGCUUUAAUCACGUUCUUGUUGAUACACUAAACCAAAGGACCGAAUCAGCAAGUAAGCGAUGGUUCAGCUGCACGUCAAACGAGGAGACGAGAGCCAGUUUCUCUUCAACACUACAGUGGAUGUGCAGAUUGAGACGCUGACCCAGCAGAUCUGCGAGAUCUACAAUGCAAGACUGAAAGUGGACAGAAUCUGCUCUGAAAUCCCAGAGCUGGCAGAUCAUGGCAUCUCUCUUCCACCAAAUAUGCAAGGCCUGACCGAUGAUCAGAUCGUGGAGCUCAAACUGAAGGAUGAAUGGGAAGAGCGAUGCAUUCCCAGCGGUGGUGCCGAGUUUAAGAAGGAUGAGAUCGGACGUCGAAAUGGACACGCCCCAAACGAGAAGAUGAAAGAUGUUUUGCGAAGAACAAUGGAGGAAGCCAAGGCUUUAAUUUCAAAAAAACAACUGCAAGCAAACGUCUGUGUUACCAUGGAAAUGGUGAAAGAAGCUCUGGACCAGCUGAGAGGAGCUGUGAUGAUAGUUUACCCAAUGGGACUCCCUCCACAUGAUCCAAUAAGAAUGGAGAUUGAAAAUCAAGAAGAUCUUACUGGAACGCAGGCCUCAUUACAGGUGAUCACCAAUGAAGAGGCUCAGCUGUGGUGGGCAUCCAAGGAACUGCACAAGGGCAAAAAGCUGCAGGAUUAUGUUGGGAAAAAUGAAAAAACAAAAAUUAUAAUGAAAAUUCAAAAACGGGGCCAGGGCGCACCUGCCAGAGAACCAGUAGUGAGUGAAGAUGAACAAAAACAGAUGAUGCUGCACUAUUACAAGAGACAGGAAGAACUGAAAAAGCUAGAGGAAGCAGAUGAUGACACACACCUUCAGUCAGAGUGGUCGGACAGACAGGCCCUAAAGAGACAAUUUCAGGGACUUACAAAUAUCAAAUGGGGCCCAAGAUAGAUAAACAGACAGGUAAACAACUGGACUACAGUUACUUUCCAUCUUGCACAUCAGUUCCUUUAGAUUCUCCUGCUUUUGUUUUUAUGCAGUUUGGUCCCUUCUUUACAUAUGAAAGGUAUUUAUGUGACUGUAUGCAAAUGAAUGUCUUGCAAAGUGCGAGACAUCAGUUUUCUCUGUUCUGAUUUAUUGGUAGAAGGAUGCAACACCUUUCCUCUCUUUGUCUGUGCCUCUGGCUGUUACUCAAUUGAAACUUGAUGCCGUUCAAAGACAGGAUGUUGCUCUCAGGAUCGCUGUGGCACAUUUGAAGAGCACAGUGAAGGAGUCACAGAACAUUUGUGUAUCCUCAAGGCAAAAAAGAGCUUAAAGUAUUAAGAGGUAUGGUUUCACUGGGAAGAGAGGAAAGUUGAGGGUGAAGUUAUGUAAUAGAAGAACAUUCUGUUUAUUUUUUAAUUUUAUGACAUUUAAAUAUAAUUCAUUUUUAAUUAAAAAUAUUUUUCCAUCUUUUUAAAACCACAGACUUUUUCAUUAAUUCAUUCAUUCAUUCAGUGUUUAGUAAAAGCAAUAAUUUAUGAAAUACUUCUCUGUUUACAUGGCUUGUACAAUGUAACACAACAGCAAUUUAUCAAAUUAAUAGGAUAAUUUAAGUCACUAACUUUCUUAAUUCAGACAUAAAAUCACAUCAGUGAAUGAUAGUGUCUUUAAAGGCGAUAUGUGCAGUUUAAGUUAGAAUACUUCUUUCAUGGCUUAAAGUUGGUAUUUAUUAGCUGACUAGUGUAUUUGAACGACUCGACAUAAGCAACAUAAGUGCAUUGGUCUGGUUCCAGAAAUGAAACUCCAUUCAUUUUCUCCAGUUGGAAAUUGAUAUUUAAAAAUAACUGGUAAAGUUUUAAA